UGACAUGAAGCAAGAGUGAUGUUGUUGCUAUGGUAACAAGAGACAGUGGAAGGUACCAAGAGUAGAUGAAAUCAGAAGCGAGAGGGAUAAGAGAAAGAAAAGGAAAGGAAAAGCAAGGAAAGGAGGGGUGUGUGUUUUGGAAUUUGUGAUUCUUCUGGAGGCCAAAAAUAUUUUUUUUAAAGGUGUAAUGGCAGACAGACUCCCAGGAUAUGUAGGGCUGUAUGACACAACCUCACUUCUUCAGUACUGCAAUGAUGAUAACUUGUCAGAUGCUGGCAGCAUGGAGAUGGACGACAGGAUCUCCUACCUUGAGCAGCGUCUGCAGCUCCAGGAAGAUGAGAUACAGGUGCUAAAAGCGGCUCUGGCAGAUGUGUUGCGAAGGCUAAAUGCCUGCGAAGAGUAUAGUGUGCAGAUUAACAGAAAAGGCCCUACAAGAGCACGUCAGAUUCUACAAGCUUUACCAUCGAAACCAAAUAUCAGCAAUGGCAUUUUACCACAGAAAAGAGGGGGAGGCUUGUCAACUUCACCAUCAUCACCCAAAAAAGAACAUCCAGUGAGUUGUGGAAAAAGUUCAAGAAGAAGUAACUCCCCAGAGCACCUGUCUUCCAUAAAACGGGAAAUCUUUGGAGACUCUCGAAGCCGAACUACUUCUUCUAGCAGCUCAUCCAGUGGGAAAAAAACACAGGAUGGCAAACCCAAGGAAACUGUCUUCAGUGUUGAUGAUGGCUAUGUCAAGAUGUUUCUUCGUGGCCGACCCAUCAUGAUGUAUAUUCCUACAACACAGAAAGAGACGUAUUCUCUAGAGGCAAAGGCUGAGCUACCUGCACAAAAACUGAAACUUGAAUGGGUCUAUGGUUAUCGUGGACGAGACUGCCGCUCCAACUUGUACCUUCUACCCACAGGAGAAAUUGUGUACUUUACUGCAUCCGUUGUAGUCCUAUACAAUGUAGAAGAACAGCAUCAGAGGCACUACCUUGGGCAUAAUGAUGACAUUAAAUGUCUAGCAAUUCAUCCAGACAUGGUAACCAUAGCAACAGGACAGGUCGCUGGGACUUCAAAAGAGGGGAAGCAAUUGCACCCACAUGUCCGUGUCUGGGAUUCUGUCAGUUUGAAUACAUUGCAUGUAAUCGGCACUGGAGUCUUUGAUCGGGCUGUGAGCUGCUUGGGAUUCUCUAAAUCUAAUGGAGGUGCCUAUCUGUGUGCUGUGGAUGAAUCCAAUGAACAUAUCUUGUCAGUAUGGGAGUGGCAGAAAGAACAUAAAGUGGCUGAGGUUAAGUCCUCCAAUGAGUCAGUGUUGGCUUCGGUCUUUCAUCCCAUGGAUUCCAACCUCAUUAUUACGUGUGGAAAAAAUAAUAUCCUUUUUUGGACAAUGGAAGGCAACAUGCUAAGCAAGAGGCAAGGAUUGUUUGAGAAACAUGAGAAACCAAAGUAUGUCCUGUGCUUGGCAUUUGCUGAGAAUGGAGAUGUCCUUACAGGAGAUUCAAGUGGCAACAUUUAUAUCUGGGGUAAAGGUGGGAACCGGAUUAGCCAUGCAGUUCAAGGAGCCCAUGAUGGAGGUGUAUUUGGGCUAUGUGUGCUUAAGGAUGGAACUAUUGUUUCAGGAGGAGGCAAAGACAGGAAGGUUAUUCUCUGGGACCGUGACUACCAUAAGGUUGAAGAAAAAGAGAUUCCUGAAAUAUUUGGUCCAGUACGUACUGUGACGCAAGGAAAAGAUGAAAGUCUCUUUGUUGGCACUACCAGAAAUGCUGUCCUGCAUGGUUCCUUCUCUACAGAUUUCAGCACAGUUGUCCAGGGUCAUUCUGAUGAGCUCUGGGGUCUUGAUAGUCAUCCAUCUAUGGCACAGUUUUUGACAGCUGGGCAGGACAAACUUAUUCAUCUGUGGGACACUGCUACACAUCAACCUCUUUGGAGUAAAUUUAUUGAGGAUGCUGCCUGUUCUGCUGGUUUCCAUCCUUCUGGAACUGUGGUUGCUCUCGGAACUUUGACUGGAAAGUGGAUGGUUUUCGAUACAGAGACGAAGGACCUAGUUACUGUUCACACAGAUGGUAAUGAAAGGAUUUCAGUUAUGCGGUACUCUCCAGAUGGAAACUACCUUGCAGUUGGGUCACAUGACAAUUUUAUCUAUCUUUAUGCUGUGACAGAGAAUGGCAGAAAAUACUGUCGGAAUGGAAAGUGCUCAGGGCACUCGAGCUUUGUUACCCAUCUUGACUGGUCAUCGGACAGCCAUUACAUUGUUACAAACUCAGGAGACUAUGAAAUCCUCUGCUGGGACUCUGCAAACUGUAAGCAGGUUACAAGUGCAGAAACAGUGAGAGAUAUUGAAUGGGCAACCUCAACCUGUGUCUUAGGAUUUCAGGUGUUUGGUAUAUGGCCUGAAGGUUCAGAUGGAACUGACAUAAAUGCUGUUUGUAGAUCAAAUAAUAAGAAGAUUUUAGCUACAGCUGAUGACUUUGGCAAAGUUCUCAUCUUCUCCUUCCCCUGCUGUCAACCUCGGGCUCCAGCCCAUAAAUACGGUGGCCACAGCAGUCAUGUGACCAAUGUUGCUUUCCUCCAUGAUGACAGUGUGCUGAUAUCAACUGGUGGAAAAGACACAAGCAUCAUGCAGUGGCGGGUUGUGUAGAAGACCUUUAUUACUAAUAAGGGGUGGGAGGGAUUCUGAAUAGCUGUGUGCAUCAUAAUAGUGUGAGGAUAAUGGCAUAUUGACCUAGAAAUGGCUUCUGGAAAAAUACAUUUGCACUGUCUGAUCUGAGCCCUUUCCUUGCACAUAAAACAUUCCAAGGAAAAAGUUGCAUUGUCCAUUCUGGUGUUACAUGUGUCUUUUAUUAAUAUUAAAUGUUUCCUGCAAAGAAGAAUGGCUUGUAAACUUGUACACUAAAGUGUAUUGCACUGAUACAAACAGCAUUUCAUUGUGAUUUUUUAAUUAGGAUGUCCAUUUUGUGUGAAACAGACCUAUUUUUUGUUUUGAAACUGAAAAGUAGUAAAUGUUUUGUGCAUAAUUUUUUUAUAAAAAUAUAGUACAUUAUUGGCAGUGAGCAGAACUGAAAGAUACCCAUGUCAGACCAAAACAGACAGUGUUUCUGCGUAGGUAUUCCUGAAGCACUUGUAGAUAACUACAGUUUACCAUUGAUUUUUAAUAACAGACAUUUUAACCAACUCUAAAAUGUUGAUUGCCUAUGCUUUUUGAGCCUAAUCAAAAUUUCAGUUCAACAGGAGUAGUCAAUUAUCCAUCUGGUGCUUAGGCAGUACUGAACUGUUGCCUGCAGUUUAGGAAAGAAAGCCUAUACCGUGCAAAAUUUUUCUACCCACCUAUAUCAGAAGAAAAGUUAAUAUAGAAAUUGAGGGAAACCAUAGCUUCAUACGCAUAUUUUUUUUUUUAUAUUAUUGGGUUAUACAUACCUUUGCAGAGAAUAUUAUACCGUUUCAGAGAACAUUUUUUAAAAGUAGUAAGCCAAUUAAUGUAUUGGCAUUUAUUUAACUGUGGCAUGC